AUGGCUUUGUACAAAGUGCUCUAUGGGAGGAAGUGUAGAUCUCCCUUAUACUGGAUGGAACUUAGUGAAAGAAGGAAGUAUGUGUCUCCAACUAUAGGAGUCAGUCGAUCCCUAAAGACUAAGAAAUUGAAUCCGAAGUAUGUUGAACCAUUCCAGAUUCUUUCCAAAGCUAGACCAGUAGCUUACAAAUUGGGCCUUCUCCUGAAUUUAAGCCAAAUCCAUGAUGUCUUCUAUGUCUCCCAACUGAAGAAGCACCACCUAAACCCGGCUCAUGUCAAAGUUGAACCAGAGCGAAUCAUUGAUAAGAAUGUCAAGCAACUAAGGAACAAGCAGAUUCUGUUGGUCAAGGUUGUCUGGAAAGGUCUUUCACCAGAAGAAGCAACAUGGGAAAUGGAAGCUGAAAUAAAGGAAAAUUAUCCCAAACAUUUCCCAUAA